UGGCUUCCGAACCAGCUGUCUGCGGUGAUGGAUCUGAUGGUUUCCAUCUAUGAUACUUAUCUGGCGCCGCAGAAGGCGGCGGGAGUCGUCUCGAAUGGACAUCUUGCGUAUGAUGAGUCGGUGCAGAAACAGGUGGAGCCUAUGAUGGAAAUGGUACGCGAUCAGAGGGAGAAGUUGGCGAGGGAGGUCGAGAGGUGGUGCAAGGAGCGGGGUGUUUGA